UAAUAAUAAUAACUCUCAGAACACUGCCAAUUCUUACUUCCACGCCAAGAGAAAACAGAGAUCUCGUCUUCUUCAUAGAACCCUAAUUUCUCUGUAAUUCUUCUUCAGUAAUGCGUUUCUUCAACUGUCUCUUUCACUUCUUCCUUCUGAUUUCCACUUUUCAGAGCUCUCAUGGCCGCAUCUUUACAUUCAAGAUGCACCACCGGUUCUCCGAACAAGUCAAGAACUGGUCCGGUGUUUCCGGAAAAUUGUCUCUCCCUGAUUCUUGGCCGGCUAAAGGAAGCAUUGAGUAUUAUGCUCAACUGGCCUUCCGCGAUCGCUUCUUCCGUGCCCAGAGGCUCUCCGAGUUUGAUGGACCAUUGGCUUUCUCUGAUGGGAACUCCAGUUUUCGGAUUAGCUCGUUGGGAUUUCUGCAUUACACUACCGUACAAUUAGGAACCCCCGGAAUGAAGUUUAUGGUGGCACUUGAUACUGGAAGUGAUCUGUUUUGGGUGCCUUGUGAUUGCAGUAGAUGCGCGCCCACGGAGGGCUCUCCUUAUGCUUCUGAUUUUGAGUUGAGUGUGUACAGCCCCAAAAAGUCGUCUUCUAGCAAAACUGUUCCUUGCAGUAACAGCUUAUGUGCACAGCGUGAUCAAUGCACAAAGGACUUUGGCAAUUGUCCGUAUGUUGUCUCCUAUGUAUCAGCUGAAACAUCAACUACUGGAAUAUUGAUUGAGGAUCUUCUACACUUAAAAACAGAAUAUAAGCAUUCAGAACCUAUCCAGGCAUACAUCACAUUUGGCUGCGGGCAGGUACAGAGUGGCUCAUUUCUUGAUGUUGCAGCUCCCAAUGGCUUGUUUGGGCUCGGCAUGGAGCAGAUAUCAGUUCCUAGCAUAUUAUCGAGAGAAGGUUUGAUGGCAAAUUCUUUCUCUAUGUGCUUUAGUGACGAUGGAGUUGGAAGGAUCAAUUUUGGAGACGAGGGUAGUCCAGAGCAGGAAGAGACCCCAUUUAAUCUGAACCAAUUGCACCCAACCUAUAAUAUCACAGUUACUAGCAUUCGAGUAGGCACUACUCUGAUAGAUGCAGAUAUAACUGCUCUUUUUGACUCUGGGACAUCUUUUACAUAUUUCACUGACCCAGUCUACUCCAAGCUUUCAGCAAGUUUCCAUGCACAAACGAGAGAUGGACGCCAUCCCCCUAAUCCGAGGAUACCUUUUGAAUAUUGUUAUAACAUGAGUCCAGAUGCAAAUGCUUCUCUGACGCCUGCUAUUAGUUUAACCAUGAAAGGUGGAAGUCCCUUCCCUGUCUAUGAUCCGAUUAUUGUCAUCUCCACUCAGAAUGAACUCAUUUAUUGCCUGGCCGUGGUCAAGAGCGCUGAACUGAAUAUAAUUGGACAAAACUUCAUGACUGGCUACCGUAUUGUAUUUGACCGGGAAAAGCUUGUCUUGGGCUGGAAGAAGUUUGAUUGUUACGACAUUGAGGAACAAAAUCUAUUUCCAAUGAAACCAGAUGUUACUACCGUUCCUCCUGCUGUUGCUGCUGGAGUAAGUAAUUACUCUAGUCCAGGAUUGACAAAAGAGACGAGAAUUAGUGCUCAAAUUUCAACUGAAUCAGAAUUCAAUAGUUGCCAUUCUUCUCUUCUGUCUUGCUUCAGAUUUUUUAUUAUAUUGCUUUUUUUACUAUAGACAUUCAAUUUCCACCGUUUGCUGACCCAUGUAUGGACAUCUGUGAUGUCUUUAUAUCUAGCCUUAUAUUAAUAUAGAUAGAGCUCCACUUUAAAAUUUUGGAUAA